GUUAUUUAUCUCCGCUCCGGCAAUCAGUAAUUAAAUUUACAAUUAAUACUAACUCGCGGCACAAUUAAGAGCGCGUGGUGGGUGAUGCCAUGUGCAGAGGCCGCCGUGAGCUCGUAUAAGUGGAGUGGUGGUGGUGGCGGCGGCGUGGCUCGGAGGAUGCGGGUCUCAGGAAAUUUGAAAUGCCACACGUGUGCCACGGAGAAAGGUGAACAAGCCAACGGUUGCGCGUGGGUGUGUGUGUUAGAAAGGGGACAGAGGGCCGCGGAUCGUGGCCGAAAUUGGAUUUUCACCCUAAAAGGAGCCGAAAACAUCCGACUCUUUAUCUAAUCUUGAGCCUGGUUUUUACUCAACAAAUCUUGCUCCUGUCCUAAACAUUUUUGUUAAUGGGAAACAUAAAUUUUUCAAUUUUUG